CAUCACCACCCUUCUUUGCAUCUGGUUCCUCCCUUCCAGGGCGGGUCCCCUGUCGCCCCCACUCUCCAUCAACUGCGGCUAAUGCUGUGGCCUUUCUCAGCUCGGGUGCCUCGGCCAUGGCGCCCCAGAACGUGUCCAGGUGGUUCUUGGUGUUGGCCUGGUUACCAGAACCCAGGAGUGACAUCGGGCUCCCAGGCCCCUGUGCCCCACUGCCACCCAGUCCAAUCAGCAGUGUCACCCAAGCUGUCACAACGAGGAGGUGUGGGCCAUCACGUGGCCCUAUCUGAGCAACCACAUUCUCGCUUCCUUCUUUCACACACGGCCGUUGGGCGUUGGCGGGUGGAGGACCACGGCAGGGGUUGCCACAGCAGUGCCCUGCAGCGUGGGCUGGGUCUUGGUCCCUAAAACAGAGAAGCCGCUCUGGGCCCACGAGGAAGCUGUCCAUGCUCCGCUGAGCCCGACCGGUGUCAUGCCGCUGCCACUCCUCCUGCUGCUGGUCCUCCUGGGCCCCAGCCUCCAGCAGAUCCCGGCGGAUGGAGACGAGGAUGACCUGGAAGACUACGAUGAGGCGAAUGGCACGGACCCUCCAGACACGCUUGAAACUAUCACAGCGGGUGUGACCCUGAGCCCCGAGCUUCAGGCUGCGAUGGGAACGUUGGGGCAGAGAGAGUCUGCAGGGCCUGGUUCCCCCGAGCCAGCCACUCCGGAGGUGACCACAGGGGACUCUGGUGGCCUGGAUGCCAGAGGGGCAGCCCCUGGGAAGCUCAGCAUGGAAUUGACCUCACAGGGGGUUCCUGUCACACCGGGCCCUCUGACCACAGACCUGGGCACUACAAUCCCUCCCAUCACGGAGGCUCCAUCCACGGAGGGGGCUCCAUCCACAGAGCUGGCCACCACGGAGGCCCUGCCCACAGAGCCACUGACCACGCAACCUGCAGCCAUGGAGGCCCUGUCCACAGAGCCACUGACCACGCAACUUGCAGCCAUGGAGGCUCUGACCACAGAGCCACUGACCACGCAACCUGCAGCCACGGAGGCCCUGACCACAGAGCCACCGACCACGCAACCUGCAGCCACAGAGGCCCUGACCACAGAGCCACUGACCACGCAACCUGCAGCCACGGAGGCCCUGUCCACAGAGCCGGCUACCACAGCGGCCCCUCCCACGGAGCCCACUACCACAGAGACCCUGUCCAAGGAGCCAGCCACCAUGAAGGCGCUGUCCACAAGGGGUCUCUCCACGGCCUUUCUUGUGCUGUCUGAUCCUCACGAGGGCACCACCGUGGCCGCCAGCAAUUCAUCGGACGCCUUCAUCAAACAGGGGAAGAGCAGCCAGGGCCUCUCGCCGCCGAGCUCCGCGUCCCCCAGCCUCACGAAGGGCCCGGAUUACAUGCCCGUGAAGCACUGCCUGCUGGCCAUCCUCAUCCUGGCGCUGGUGGCCACCACCUUCCUGGUGUGCACCGUGGUGCUGGCCGUCCGCCUCUCCCGCAGGAACCACAUGUACCACGUGCGCAGCUACUCGCCCACCGAGAUGGUCUGCAUCUCCUCCCUGCUGCCCGAGGGCGGGGAGGCGCCCGCCGCCACCCCCAACGGGAGCCUGCCCACCGCCAAGGGCCCGGGCCUACUGGAAGGGCCUGGGGAGGACCACAAUGGGGACGACCUCACCCUGCACAGCUUUCUCCCUUAGCGCCCCUGCCCGCGCCCCUGAGCAGGACCCUGGCUCCUGGCUGCUUCCUCCGCGGCCACCACCCAGGGCUUGGGCCCUGGGCCACCUGUCUGGGCUUCCUCCGAGCCCCUGGGGGAGGGAUCUCUAGGGCAGGACCCUGGCCACUCCAACAGGACCGAGGGCGCAGGACUCUCCUUCCUCCUGGCCGCUGUAGUCUCAUUCCCACGAGCCCUGGGGAGACUCAGGUCCCCUGCCCUCACCCACUGCUCUUGUCUUCUGGUUGCCAAUCAUCAUGCAUUUGGGGGGGUGGGUCCUGAGGAGCGUGGGGUUCCUGAGACCACUCUGCCGUACCCCGCUGGGGGCAGCUGGAGUGUUCUCAGCUACCCCUCUGGGGAGCCCAGGGUGAGGUCUUUUUUUUUUCUUUCUUUCUGAGUUUCCACUAUUUUUUAAAAAAUAGUUCUUUAUUGUUG